AAGUUCUGACCGGAUGUGAAGCAGAACCUCAAACCGGACCUCCUGCGGUACCAGGCUCCUUCCUCAGCCUGCCUUACAGGCAGUUCCUCUGUCAGCCUGCGGGGGGCGCGCUGUUCCAGCAGCUGGAGAGCCAAAGGCCUCUAUGCCCCACCCCUCCUUUCUGAUUGGCUGCUUCCUGCUACUCAACGCGCCAGCUCCGCCCACUGGCUCCACAGCACCCAGACCCUGCACAGACCAGCAGACGGGUCAGAACCGCAGGAAUCGGAACCAGAAGAUCCAACAUGGCCGCAUGUUCAGGAUGUGGACCCGGAUACCGCAGCCCGCUGGACGCCAUGAAGGGCCCCCGUGAGCGGAUCGUCUACCUGCCCUGUAUCUACCGCAGCACCGCGGUCCAGAAGCCCGACUACCUGGCCACAGUGGACGUCGACCCGGAGUCGCCCACGUACUGCCAGGUGAUCCACCGCCUGCCGAUGCCGAACCUGAACGAUGAGCUGCAUCACUCCGGUUGGAACGCCUGCAGCAGCUGCUUCGGCGACCCGACCCGAACCCGGAACCGGCUCAUCCUGCCGUCGCUCAUCUCCUCCCGGAUCUACGUGAUCGAUGUGGGAACCGAGCCCAGAGCGCCGCGGAUCCACAAGACGGUGGAGCCCAUCGAUCUGUACUGGAAGUGCGGCCUGGCCAACCCUCACACCAGCCACUGCCUGGCCAGCGGCCAGAUCAUGAUCAGCUGCAUGGGAGAGCCAGCAGGUGGCGGUAAAGGGGGCUUUGUCCUGCUGGACGGUGAGACGUUUGAGGUGAUCGGUAACUGGGAGCAUCCAGGUGAGGCGGCGCCAUUCGGCUACGACUUCUGGUACCAACCCCGCCACAAUGUGAUGAUCAGCACCGAGUGGGGGCCCAAAGCGCUGGUCCACGGCUUCAACCCAGCCCACGUCAAGGAAGGUCUCUACGGAUCCGCCCUCCAUGUCUGGGACUGGACCAGCCACAGGAAGCUGCAGACUCUGGAACUGGGAGAAGAUGGCGCCAUUCCUUUGGAGGUCCGCUUCCUGCACGACCCCGACGCCACCGAGGGCUACGUGGGAUGUGCCCUGCGGGGAUGUGUCUUCAGGUUCUACAGACCCCGGUCAGAACCACCGCUGUCAUGGAGGCUGCCGGGCUUCUGUAGGAGGUUCUGGUCCAAACGCAGGAGGUUCUGGUACCAGAGGGUCCAUCGGCCACCACCGAGAGCCCAGAACAGAGAUAGCUGGAGAUCUGGUUCUGGUGUCCAUCAUCAGAACCAUCAAAAGGUUCUGAUAGUUGUGAUGUUUCCUCAGAAAGGCGACUGGGCCGCAGAGAAGGUCAUCAGUGUUCCCAGUAAGAAGGUGGAGGGAUGGAUGCUACCUGAGAUGCCAAGCCUCAUCACUGACAUCCUGAUCUCGUUGGAUGAUCGCUUCCUCUACUUCAGCAACUGGCUCCACGGUGACAUCAGACAGUAUGACAUCACAGACCGCAGGAACCCUCGAUUGGUUGGACAGGUGUUCCUGGGAGGAAGCAUCAUCAGAGACGGACCAGUCAAAGUCCUGGAGGAUCCAGAAAAGCAGGAGCAGCCGGCUCCUUGCAUCAUCAAGGGGAAGCGUGUCCCUGGAAGUCCCCAGAUGCUGCAGCUCAGUCUGGACGGUCGGAGACUUUACGUCACCACGUCUCUGUUCAGCGGUUGGGACAAGCAGUUCUACCCGGACAUGAUGAGAGAGGGCUCGGUGAUGAUGCGGAUCGAUGUGGACGCGGAGCGGGGCGGCCUGUCCCUCAACCCGGACUUCCUGGUGGACUUCGGCCGGGAGCCCGACGGGCCGGCGCUGGCCCACGAGCUGCGCUACCGGGGCGACUGCACCUCCGACAUCUGGGUCUGACGUAGGAGCGCUUUAUCAGCAGCUCCGGUUUGAAAUGUUUCUGCUGAAAAGCCUUUGAAUAAAUCAGAUUCUGUCUCUAAAAGAUAAAAGACAAAAACGUAAAUCUGCUCUUCACUGGUCGCAACGCGGCGGCGCGACCCGCAGCAGUUGCUAUGCUGCACUGCCAUGCUACACUGCUAUGCUGCACUGCUAUGCUCACUUUUAUGCUACGCUGCUAUGCUACACUGCUAUGCUGCACUGCCAUGCUACACUGCUAUGCUGCACUGCCAUGCUACACUGCUAUGCUGCACUGCCAUGCUACACUGCUAUGCUGCACUGCUAUGCUACACUUUUAUGCUUCGCUGCUAUGCUGCACUGCUAUGCUACACUUUUAUGCUUCGCUGCUAUGCUAUGCUGCACUGCCAUGCUACACUGCUAUGCUACACUUUUAUGCUACUGCUAUGCUACACUGCUAUGCUACACUGCUAUGCUACACUUUUAUGCUUCGCUGCUAUGCUAUGCUGCACUGCUAUGCUACACUGCUAUGCUACACUUUUAUGCUUCGCUGCUAUGCUAUGCUGCACUGCUAUGCUACACUGCUAUGCUACACUGCUAUGCUACACUUUUAUGCUUCGCUGCUAUGCUAUGCUGCACUGCUAUGCUACACUGCUAUGCUACACUGCUAUGCUAUACUUUUAUGCUACGCUGCUAUGCUACACUGCUAUGCUACACUGCUAUGCUACACUUUUAUGCUUCGCUGCUAUGCUAUGCUGCACUGCUAUGCUACACUGAUAUGCUACACUGCUAUGCUGCACAGUAAAGUAUUUAGCAGAAGCUAAUGCUAAGGUGCUAAUUUUAAGGCAAAUUAAAUCUACAAUUUUUGAACCAUU